AUGGAUACGGAGUCUACGAGGAUUUGGCGUCUAAAUGUCACGGGAGUAAGAGACCCAAAGAGCACCUGUGUAUAUAAGGACCCUGUCUGGGAUGCCUCGACACACCUCCAUCAUCUGUUCGAGGUCUCGCACACGGAAGAAACGCUGCAUAACGUCACCAUGCGCUGUCUCUUGCUGUCUCUGGCGGUCAUCCUCUCGUGUAUAUGUGGAGGCUGCCUCUCCGAAGACGUUUCUGUGGUUAGGGAGCUCGGAGGUCACAUCCAGCCUAAAGAGGGUGAGUUCCGCGCACCACACCUGUCUUGGGGCAAGGGAGGUCACAUCCAGCCUAAAGAGGGUGAGUUCCGCGCACCACACCUGUCUUGGGGCAAGGGAGGUCACGUCCAGCCUAAAGAGGAUGGUCUUCCAUGCGGGGAUUACACGAUGUCUGCCGGAAAUGUCGCAGUCAUCAAGUCAAAGAACUACCCCAGCAACUACCCCAACAGACAUAACUGCUAUUGGACGUUCGAGACCACUGACGAUUCCACGUUGUCUUUUUCUUGUCAAGAUUUCAAAUUGAGGCUAUCUUCGCAAUGCAGAGGAGACUUCUUACACAUUACGGACUUCGCUUCAACAAACGAAAAAUACUGUGGCAGUGAAGUCGAUUCUUUAAGUGGCAUGGAAGGCUACGUUCAAAUCCGAUUCAAGACCAAUAGGCGAGGGACUGAAAGAGGCUUCUCGUGCACAAUAACAGCGUCAUCAGCUGACACAGAAGUAACGAACGAAGGCAACACUAGCACCGAGGCAAGUUCCCAAACCACCACCGAGACAAGUUCCAGUCCGUGCAAUUGUGGCAAGCGCAACACUGUUUCACGAAUUGUGGGCGGCGAAACAACAACCACACACGAGUACCCGUGGCAGGUAGCGCUCGUCUCAAAGUCUGGGAGCAGACCCUACUGCGGCGGCUCGGUUAUCUCCGCACAGUGGAUUCUGACCGCCGCGCAUUGUGUUGACAGGAACACCGCCUCAGGUUCAGAUGUAGUCGUUGGGGAACAUGACUGGUCCACAUCCGGGGAGACUUCGGCCACGAAGAGGCUGAGCAUCGCUCAGGUCAUUAGCCACCCCAGUUACAGCUCCUCGACAUACGACAAUGACAUAGCACUGCUGAAGCUGGCUCAACCUCUCACCUUCCAAAAUGACAACAAGGUCGCCCCGGUGUGCCUUCCAACACCUGGCGAACUCUACGAGGCCGUGGACGCCACCAUCACCGGCUGGGGCACGCUCGCGUCAGGAGGAUCACAGCCGAACAAGCUUAACGAAGUGACGGUACCCACCAUGACCAACGCAGCGUGCAAGGCAACGGGCUACGAUAACAACGAAAUCACCGCAAAUAUGAUCUGCGCUGGACUGUCUCAGGGAGGAAAAGACUCUUGCCAGGGAGAUUCUGGCGGCCCUAUGGUGGCAGGCUCAGGCAACAUGCAGCAAAUCGGGAUUGUGUCCUGGGGAUACGGCUGUGCCGCUGCAGGGUAUCCCGGCGUCUACACCAGAGUCAGCAACUAUGUUUCGUGGAUCCAAAGCAACACGGCUGGAUCUCAAACCUGCCGAUCCGCGUGAACACCUCCGCUUUAGGGUCUGCUGCCUGAUGUCUCGCCGCGGUUAUUACUGUAAUGCAUCACUGGUGUACUUGCAACACAUGUAUCCUGUAAUACAUCACUGGUGUACUUCUAACACAUGUAUCCUGUAAUGCAUCACUGGUGUACUUGCAAUACAUGUAUCCUGUAAUGCAUCAAUGGUGUACUUGCACUACAUGUAUCCUGUAAUGCAUCAAUGGUGUACUUCUAACACAUGUAUCCUGUAAUGCAUCACUGGUGUACUUGCAAUACAUGUAUCCUGUAAUGCAUCAAUGGUGUACUUCUAACACAUGUAUCCUGUAAUGCAUCACUGGUGUACUUGCAAUACAUGUAUCCUGUAAUGCAUCACUGGUGUACUUGCAAUACAUGUAUCCUGUAAUGCAUCAAUGGUGUACUUGCACUACAUGUAUCCUGUAAUGCAUCACUGGUGUACUUGCACUACAUGUAUCCUGUAAUGCAUCAAUGGUGUACUUCUAACACAUGUAUCCUGUAAUGCAUCACUGGUGUACUUGCACUACAUGUAUCCUGUAAUGCAUCAAUGGUGUACUUGCAACACAUGUAUCCUGUAAUGCAUCACUGGUGUACUUGCAACACAUGUAUCCUGUAAUGCAUCGCUAAUGUUCUUCCAAUAAACGCAUCAUGUUA